AUGGCUUCUGCGGUUGUCACUCUGCUUGGGAAGCUCAUGCAAAUCCCAUCUAUUAGCAACGAGGAACACGACAUCGGUUUGUUUCUUGAACAGCAUCUCCAGGGCUUAGGUUAUACCGUUGAACGUAUCCCAAUUACUCCGGAUAGUCGCCGUUGCAAUGUAUACGCCUACCUAGGCUCAUCGCGCAAAACACGAAUUUGUCUGACAUCUCACAUGGACACCGUCCCUCCACAUAUCCCUAUGAGACUGACGCCGACUACAAUUUACGGACGGGGCUCAUGCGACGAUAAGGGCCCAUUGGCCGCCCAAAUUAUUGCACUGGAAGAGCUACGUGCUGAAGACCGUGUCCAGCCUAGUGAUGUAUCACUUCUUUUUGUCGUGGGAGAGGAGAAAGGUGGACCGGGAAUGAUCGCGGCCAAUUCAAUGAACCUGUCAUGGGAGGCUGUCAUAUUUGGCGAGCCGACCGAAGGAAAACUCGCAGUGGGACAUAAAGGGCAUUUCGUUUUUGAGCUCACAAGUGAGGGAGUUCCAGCGCACUCGGGCUAUCCGCAGCGAGGACGGAGUGCAAUCUCCGUGAUGACCGCUGUUCUGGCAGCGCUUGGGCGAACAACGUACCCAUCAUCUGACAUAAUUGGACCGUCCACCUUUCAUUGUGGCCAAAUCACAGGGGGGGUCGGAUACAAUAUCCUUGCUGCGGAAUGUACUGCACUAUGUGCGAUCCGAGUUGCAAGCGACUUACCCAAGAUUGAGCGACUAGUGGAAGCUAUCGUUUCAGAGCAUGAAUAUGUCCGCCUGGAUAAGAAAUUCAUGUAUCCAGAGCUGUACUUAGAUCACGAUGUACCGGGUAUGGGUACGAUGCCUGUCGCAUUUGGGACUGACGCUCCGCGGUUGAAGGGAGAACAUAAGAAGUACCUGUAUGGACCGGGCUCUAUCUUGGUUGCCCACGGAGAUAAUGAGAGUAUCGAAAUUAGGGAGCUUAUUGAGAGUGUUCAGGUGUACAAGCGGAUCGUGGAGCGCUGUCUUGGAUAA